CGUGUCUCUCUGUCCCGUUUACGGUCUGAAGGCCAGCGGGCAGCAAACCUGGGCUGGAGGUGCAGGAGGGUCGUUCACCAAGCACUGGACCCAGUUCUGAAGAACGUCCAGAAAGGACGCUGUAAAGACACUGAAGGCCGUUCUGAAGAUACUGAUAAGGAACACAGAAAGAUGACCAGAGCUCCACUGAGGCCACCUCAGCACAUCCCUGCAGCCCUGGUGGUGCUGCUGUUUUUCGGAGGUUUACUUCUCGUGUACUUGACUCCGAGACUGAGCUGGUCACUUCAUACUGCAGCUCCGACAGAUGAUGUUCAGUCUAAAAACCCUGGACAGUCUGCAAACAGCAGCAACCCUGCCAACAACACCUGGAUGAAGAGGAACGCUGAAAGAGCCCAAGCUGUAACAUCAACUAACGUGGACAGUGCAAAUAAAAAAGAUGAGCCGGCCACCAUCGUGCUAAUCUGGGCGUGGCCUUUUGGGCGCCCGUUUGAGCUGAGAUCUUGCAGCUCACUGUACAACAUUACAGGCUGCAGGUUAACGUACGACAGAAGCCAGUACCCUAAAGCCCACGGUGUGAUGUUCCACCACAGAGAAAUACGCAGUAACUUGGCAAACCUACUGAAAAUGCCGCGGCCUCCACGGCAGAAAUGGGUGUGGAUGAACAUGGAGUCUCCAGCCAACUCGCUGAGGCUGUCUGGUCCAGACAGUCUGUUCAACCUAACAGCGAACUAUCGCAGGGAUUCAGACGUCUGGGUGCCGUACGGGUGGGUUGUAGAGACGUCCGAUGACGACAAAGCCUUCAAAAUACCAAAAAAGGAUAAACUAGUCUGCUGGAUCGUCAACAACUGGGACGACAGCUUCUGGCGAGUGAAAUACUUCAACGAACUAAGCAACCACAUCAAAGUGGACACUUUUGGUGGACACUUCGGCACAUAUCUCAGCUACCAGGAUUAUUUUAAAACCGUCUCCAGUUGCAAGUUCUACUUAGCGUUUGAGAACUCCAUCCAUAAAGACUACAUCACAGAAAAGCUCUUCAACCCAAUGAUAUCCGGCACGGUUCCCGUGGUUCUUGGUCCCCCCAGGGUGAACUAUGAGGAGUUCAUACCAGCAGAUUCCUUCAUCCAUGUGAACGAUUUCAAAUCUGCUCAAGAACUGGCAGAACAUCUCAAAUAUCUGGACCAGAACCAGGAGAUGUAUGAGCAGUACUUCACCUGGAGGAAGCACUUCAUUGCUAAGCGUUCUGACUUUGGUCUGGAGCACGCUUGCCGCAUUUGUGCCCAUAUAAAACAACACAAGGGCUACAGAGUGUUUAAACAUCUUAAUACAUGGUACUGGGGCUAGCUAGCUAGCACACAUACCAUCACAUACCUCAGCAGAUGUUCGUCCUUCAAAAAAGACCUUCAAGACGUUGGAGUGAGAGACUCACCAAAGACAACUGUUGUUAACCUUGAAAGUCAGUAUGUAUAACAUUAUAACUGUUAUGACAGAUUUUGUUCAGUGAUGUAACAGUGACAUAUCACCAUUAUAACUGUUAUGACGGAUUUUGUUCAGUGAUGUAACAGUGACAUGUCACCAUUAUAACUGUUAUGACGGAUUUUGUUCAGUGAUGUAACAGUGACAUGUCACCAUUAUAACUGUUAUGACAGAUUUUGUUCAGUGAUGUAACAAUGACAUGUCACCAUUAUAACUGUUAUGACGGAUUUUGUUUAGUGAUGUAACAGUAACAUGUCACCAUUAUAACUGUUAUGACGGAUUUUGUUCAGUGAUGUAACAGUGACAUGUCACCAUUAUAACUGUUAUGACAGAUUUUGUUUAGUGAUAUAAC